AUGCAUGCAGUUGCUCUGUCCGUGAUUCUCUUUGUCCUGAAUCUUGACGUCUCCCAAGGUGGGGGACUAGACAGCAGCAACAGGCUGUCCUGCCCAGAGUACCAGGAGGGCUUCGAUAGCUCGUGUUACGAGUUUGUAAGUCUACAGCGUUCCUUCCUCAGCGCCCAAGGCUGGUGUGAGAGAGGUGGUGGACACUUGGUCUUCAUCCUCAACGAUGAGACUCAGCAGUUUCUACAGAAGCACCUUGUGCCAGAUCGGGACUGGUGGAUAGGACUUGCACGAGCCACUCAGAACCUCACCUUGGAGACCACAUUUCCUGAAGGCCCACUCUCCUGGCUGGAUGGCUCUGAUGUAAGCUAUGCCAACUGGGAGAAGGAGCCCCAGCCUGGCUCUCACUGUGGGCACAUUCUGAAGGACUCUGGGUUCCAGUGGGAGGCUACCAGCAACUGCAGCAGAGAACUCCACUUCGUCUGUGAGUUUGAGUUUGGCCGCUCCCUGGCCUGUGCAGAUCACAAUGCUACACUGCAGUGUGGCUCUGGUCGGGUCAUCGAGAUUGACGAUAGCUUCUAUGGCAGGAAGACUGUGCAUUACUGCAGGCUGCCCACUCCUCUGCCCACCCCCUCACUGCAAGAGGAGUGCAGCUGGGUGGAUGUGCUUGAUCUAGUAGCAGGGCACUGUCAUGGGUUACAGGUGUGCCAGGCCACUGCUGAUGUGACUACAUUUGGAGAGCCAUGUCCAGGGCUUGGAAGUUACCUGUCUGUGGAGUACCACUGCAGAGAAGGUCUUCAGCUGCUGGUGGGAGAUCUGGCUGCUGUCUUCGAGAACGUCACCAUCUCCAUGAAGUGGCUGCUAUUCCCCUUCUCUGGAAAUCUGUCCUGCUGCCUGAGCACUGGGGAUGGGCACACUAUCGACACCUAUAAGCCAGAAAAGUUAGAGAGUAGUGUCAUUCACAGCUACACUCACCCAGGCAGCUACCUGAUCACCGUGGAGUGCACUACUAGUGAGUGGCACGUGACAGCGCAGAGCUCCGUCACCAUCCAGGAGCCAAUCGGCAAGAUCGGAGGCGUCAGGUGCUACAGCAUGAACCAGUCAGGAGACGCCACCCACUGCAGAGCCCUUUAUGGGAGUGAGUUAAAAAUCCAGGUGGAACUAGAAGCAGGCACUAAUGUCACCUACCGAGUCCAGUCUGAGGGGGCUCUGCUAGCAACAGCAACAGUCAUGAGAGCCGUCACCCCUCACAACAUCAGUAUUGGCUCAGAAGCUCCCCAGCAGCUGGGCCCAGGCUCCCACUGGCUCACUCUCCUGGCCACCAACGGCGUGACGGCUUCAGAGGUCUCCAUGAGCCUUGAAGUCCUGUUCACAGAGCCACUUCUGGGGCUGCAGGCUUCCAUCGUUUCUGAGAAGCUGUUAGCCCAGGGCUCAGACCUUCUGGUCACUGCCUCUGUGUCCCAGGGAUUUCCAGUACAGCUGCAUUUUAAGAUUGCUGGCACAAACGAAAGUUUCUCUGAUAGCAGACAAAUGGAUAAUGACCAACAUCGGGUUUUCAACAUCCCUAUGAGAGGCGAAGGUACCUUUCGAGUGGUGGUGAUUGCUUCAAAUGGCUUCUCAGAAAUGGACCUGGAUUUGGGAGAUAUAACUGUUAUUUCCAACACAUCUGAACCACAUUUAGACUCCAACAUAAAGGAAAAGAUGGAUCUGAACCAUGACAUGACUGAAGAACAUUCUAACACGAGAGUUGUUCGUGACAAUGAGAAACUUUAUAUAAAUCUGGAUAAUAAAAUGCCAGUGAAGAUGGGCACGGAGAUUACUCUGGAAGCAGACAAAUUUAAAGGCAAUGACAACGAUUACAACUUCAUAUGGAACUGUGUGGGAGGAUGCAGGGAGGUGUUGAAGCCCUGUGGCGAGAUUAUGGACACUAACAGUAAGGAAAUUCAGCUUCCUGGAGACUGUUAUCCAGUCCCAUUCACGGUAGUUGUUGUCAGUGUGACACUGAAGAAUAAGAAAGAUGGAAGUAAUCAAACUGCAGAAAACUGUCUUGCUGUCACCGACAAUGGAAGGCUCAAUGUAAAAAUCAGUUGCGAGGAGAACUGUGAUGGAGUGGACAGCAGGAAGGAUGUGCGACUGAAGCUGAUAUGUAGUCGUUGUCAAGAGAUUACAUGGUAUUACGCCAAUCCACAGAAGGAAUUAGACAUUCCAAAGGACUGUGGUAUCAAAUCCUCAUUUUCCUUUGACCCGAUAAAUGGAGCAAAGGAAAAUUACUUGGUUGUGAACAGCAGUUCCCUAGAAAAAGCUAUAGGGAGUAUAACAGUGAGAGCCUUAGGUGUCUCUGGUACUGAUUCUGGUUCUGACGAUUACACCAUCAGCCUGGAUAGGAACACCCCAUCAUCUUCUACAGGUGCCAGCAACAGUUACAGUACAACAUCUGCUGCAGGAGCUGAUAACAGAUACAGUGCAACAUCUGCUACAGGAACUGGAGCUGGCAACAGAUACAGUACAACAUCUGCUCCAAAUUCCAUUACAACCCCAAACGUACUGUCUAACCCUGCUUUGUCUGGAGUUCCCACUCUUCCCCCUGCUCCUAGCCCCCCCUCUUGCACUAUCUCCCCCUCUGAGGGCAACAUCCUCACCCCCUUCACCAUCAACUGCACUUCCAGCACCUGCCCAGAGACAGUCUGCAAGUAUUGCUUCCGUCCCAGUAAAGAUAUCAGCUUACAGUGUGGCAAUAAAAAAGUGGUGCAGUCUGUUUUCCUUCCCUUAGGGGACAAACAACGAAAUUACAUGCUAAGCAUUGUAGUAUCUGUAUGGGACAGAAUGCAGCAGAGCAGCAGCAGCCAUGUGACUGUUGUGGUGAAAGAUGCUACCACUGACUCUGACGUCAAGAAGCUUAAGGACAUGCUGACGGAACAGGUGUCCUCCCUGGAGCAGCAGGGCGUGCUGUCUGAGUCCAUGCUGGCUCAGAUUUACCAGUCUGUGACGUCUGAGCUGAAUAAAGAAACUGAUGUGCAGGAGAAAAAGUCUAGGAUGGAGCUGCGAGAAGAGAUGCUAAAUAACCUGACCACAAGUUUCUCUGGAAUCUCUAACAAAACCGCCCAGGAAAUACAGGUGAUGGCUGAAGCCCUGAAUGGACUCACAGAACACAGUGACGAGCUCACACCCUCUUCCCAGUUUCAGGCUUCCUUACUCCUUGAGAGCCUCAGCUUGUCCUUACUCUCCUUGAACAUUACUGACAGCAACGACACAGCACAGGUGGAAACUAAUGCACAACUUAUCGUCAUGGCAGCCAGCAGUGUGCUAGAGGCUUCUGAGAGCUCACACACUCAGAACCAAAUAUCCGAUAAUGUGAUCCAUUCGCUUGACAAUGUGCAGAGCGCCCUGCUAUCCGAAAAACAGCUCGAUCGUGAGCCAACCAUUCUUGUCACUCCCCAAAUUGGACUUUAUGUCAACAGGAUGUCAGCAGAUAAGAUUCAAGGCCAUUUUAUCGGUGUCCAGAAUUCCAGCUCCGCCAGUUUCACAUUUCCAGCGGCUUCAAUCCUCCCUAAAGGGGAUACAGUGGAUUUGCGGAUGAUGUGCUUGGGUGUUAAUCCAUACUCGGUGGGUGAAGGGGACCUGAUUAGUGGAAUGGUUGGAGGCCUCUCCCUCACCAGAAAGAAUGGCUCUGCAAUCCCUGUUUUUAACCUCACACAGGAAAUCGAGAUCUUUUUGCCAAGACCUGGUGCUGGUGAGGUGAACAGUACGGUUCUGGACCUGGGGAACUCCAGCACAAUCAUAGUCAACAUGACAAUGACAAACAUCUCCCUGGUGUUGAAGCUGGAGCCUUCUGAAGAUAUUCCUCUCCAGCUGCUCCUGUAUCCGUAUCCCAAUGACACACAUUGCCUAGCAGAAACCUGGCUGCCCCAUCCAGGCUCCACGCGAGAGGAGAAGUACACCUGGGUGAUAAAUCCUGAUGACACAGUGUUAGAAGAAACAGCAUAUUCUGUUAUGGUGAAGCAGGUGCCUCAAGUGGGAGCAAGCAUCACAAACGCCACAAACGUAACAGUGUCUGUCACUUCCAUCGCUGCCCAGUGUGUAUACUGGGAUGAGGAGAAAAGAAACUGGAGCACUCAUGGAUGUCGGGUGGGGCCUCUCACAACCCCACUGGCAACCCAGUGCCUUUGUACCCAUCUCACCUUUUUCGGGAGCUCCUUCUUCGUCAUGCCCAACCUUGUUGAUGUCUCCCGAACGGCUGAAUUGUUUGCCACCUUCUCUGAUAACCCUGUGGUGGGCUCCUUUGUGGCAGCCAUCUUUGGGUUGUAUCUCCUCAUCGUUGUGUGGGCACGCAGGAAGGACAUACAGGAUGCUGUGAAGGUCAAAGUCACAGUUCUAGAGGACAAUGAUCCACUGGCUCAGUACCGGUAUAUGCUGACUGUCUGUACUGGCCACCGACGUGCAGCAUCCCCCUCUGCACAGGUGACAGUGACUAUACUGGGCUCCGAGGGUGACAGUGAGCCCCAUCACCUAAGUGACCCUGACAAGCCGGUGUUUGAGAGAGGCAGUGUGGACACUUUCCUGCUCACCACCCCCUUCUCCCUGGGGGAGCUGCAGGGCAUCCGGCUCUGGCAUGACAACUCUGGGGGGCACCCUGCCUGGUAUGUAAACAAGGUGGUGGUGCAUGACCUGGAAACAGAUCGGAAAUGGCACUUCCUGUGUAACUCCUGGCUAGCAAUUGAUGUUGGCGAAUGCGUGCUGGAUAAAGUCUUCCCUGUGGCCACAGAGGCAGACCUAAAAAGGUUCAGUAAUUUGUUCUUCAUGAAGACUGCAAAGGACUUCCGCGAUGGGCACAUCUGGUAUUCAGUGAUCAGCAGACCCCCGCACAGUAACUUCACUCGGGUGCAGCGUGUGUCCUGCUGCUUCUCCCUGCUGCUCUGCACCAUGCUGACAAGCCUCAUGUUCUGGGGUGUCCCAAAGGAUCCCAGUGAGCAGAAGAUGGACCUGGGCCACAUUGAGUUCACCUGGCAACAGGUGAUGAUUGGGGUCCAGAGCUCCAUCAUCAUGUUCCCGAUCAACUUGUUCAUUGUAAGCAUCUUCAGGAACACCCGCCCACGGGAGAAACAGCCAGAGCGGCCUGGGAAAAAGACCAAAGCAGAUCCAGCCAAGCAGGGCAAGACGGGGCGGGUAUCCCCAUCUCAGCCCCCCUCGCCGCGGAGGGUUUGCCAAGACAUCACCCCUGACUCGGUCAUCAAGGACAUUAAGAGGAUUGCACAGUCCCUGUCGAAGGUCAUGAAGAGCCCUGUCCCCCAGCUGGACAGAGAUUUUGGGAGGACAAAUGACAUAAACAAGUUGCUGUCACUGGUGGAGGAGAUCAUCCGUCUACACAACACGACAGGGGGAGAGUUUUACACAGAGAACCGCAAAAAAGAGGGCUCUCUUGUCCUCACACUGGGCGCCGUCAAUCUGCAAGAGAACAGCCCCACGGGGAGCCCUGAGCGGACCGUGAGCAGCGGCCAGAAGCCCAGUGACUACAGCCACUAUCUGUACAGGCAGCUGCAGCACGUGGAGAAGGAGCUGGAGCUGCUGGGAUCUGCGCGCUUCACCCCACCACAGAGCUACGACCAGGCCGUGGGGCAGGUGCAAGGCAUGAAGGAGCUUUUGGAGAGACACUUCUCUGCCAGCGCCAAAAGCAGCAGGCUGUCGCCCAGCCCUGUUCCCACAGAUGGCAGCACCAGGAAGAAGUGCUGUCCGAACACGCUGCCCUGGUGGUUCGUGUUUGUUGGCUGGCUGCUGGUGGUGGCAACAAGCGGCAUCUCAGCUUAUUUCACCAUCAUGUACGGGCUGACGUAUGGAAAAGGCCGCUCCAUCAACUGGCUGAUCUCCAUGACUGUUUCUUUCUUUGAAAGCCUCUUCAUCACCCAGCCCCUAAAGGUCCUUGGAUUUGCUGCCUUCUUUGCUCUGGUACUGAAGAAAGUUGACCACGAAGAGGAAAGUGAAGUGGCCAUCGAGGGAGACCUUACAAGCUCAGGGGAGCCUGGUGCUGUGUUGAGCUCACGAAGAGACAGCAGCUGCAGUUUCUACCAGCCCCCUCCUCGCACUGACAUUGAGAAGAUGAGAAACAACAUCUUAAAGGAGCAGAAGGUCUUCAUCCUUAUCAGAGAGAUUGUGGCCUAUGUGGGAUUCUUGUGGGUGUUGCUCUUAGUGGCCUAUGGUCAACGAGACCCAAAUGCAUAUUUAUUAACACAACACAUUGAGGAGAGCUUCACUAAUGGGAUGUCAAACACCAUGGCCCACAAAGAUGUGUUCACUUGGAUCAACACCACUGUUCUCAGCAACCUCUUUGGCAAGUUCCCAGGAUUCAUCACAGAUGGAAAUUCCAAGCUUGUUGGCAAUGCCCGGGUUCGACAGGUGCGAGUCCGGAGAGACUCAUGCACGAUCUCUCAGUCCGUGCGUAACUCCAUUCCCGACUGCCAUUCCCCCUACUCCUGGGAACUGGAGGACAUGGCUUCAUAUGGACCAGGCUGGAACAUGUCUGUGCAAACCAGUGCCUCGCAGGUCCCUCACGCGUGGCAGUAUCAGAGCCAGGGCAGCCUGAGGGCACACCCUGUCUGGGGCAGCAUGGCUCUGUACAGGGGAGGUGGGUAUGUGGCAGAACUGGGCCCAGACCUUCAGAAUGCAACCAGUGUUCUUCAGUACCUGUUUGACAACACCUGGCUGGAUGUGUACACACGGGCCGUGUUUGUAGAGUUUACGGUGUACAAUGCCAAUGUCAACCUUUUCUGCAUUGUUACUCUGAUUCUGGAGACCACUGCUGUUGGAGCUUUCCAGCACCGCACGGAGCUGAAGAACGUUCGUCUGUAUCAGUCCACCGGAGGCCUGCAUGUCUUCGUCAUGGCUUCGGAGGUCAUCUACUUUCUCUUCAUUCUCCACUAUAUGUUUAUCCAGGGCAAGCGCAUGAAGGAGCAGAAAUGGGCCUACUUCCAGAGCAAGUGGAACCUGCUGGAGCUGGCCAUCAUCCUCCUGAGCUGGAGCGCCCUGUCCGUGUUCAUCAAGAGGACCCUGCUGGGUAACCGGGACAUGCAGUACUACCAGGACCACCGGGAUGAGUUUGCCAGUUUCUAUGAGACAGCUGCUGCGGAUGCUGUUCUAGGAUACCUGAUUGCGUUCCUGGUGCUGUUGGCCACAGUCAAACUGUGGCACCUCCUGAGACUGAACCCAAAGCUACACAUGAUCACCUCCACCCUGCAGAGAGCCUGGACUGACAUCUCUGGGUUCAUCAUCGUCAUUGUCAUCAUGCUGUUGUCCUACACCAUUGCUACAAACCUGAUGUUUGGAUGGAAGCUUUACUCUUACAGAACACUGCUGGAAGCAGCCCAGACAAUGGUCAGCCUGCAGCUGGGAAUUUUUAACUAUGAGGAGGUUCUCGAUUAUAACCCUGUGCUUGCCGCAUUCCUCAUUGGGUCCUGUAUUGUCUUCAUGACCUUUGUGGUUCUCAAUCUUUUUAUCUCUGUUAUUCUGGUGGCAUUCAGUGAGGAACAGAAAAACCACAAGCCUUCAGAGGAGGAAGAGAUUGUGGACCUCAUGUUGACAAAGAUCUGCAGUUUUUUCGGGAUCAAGUGCAAGAUAGAGAAGGAAGAAAACUGCCCAAAAAAACUAGCUUGAACUGUAACAGGCAGCACAGAUCCACUCAUCCUCUCACUUACUGCAACAUGAAUUUGUAGUGCACCUCUUUCCUAUACUGUUACUUGUUUUAACUGUUCUAGUAUAAAGCAACAGAUUCUGUAUUCACUCUUGAGAAUUUUAAACUACUGUUUUUCACCAAGACUUACAACCAAUUGUCACAUCAGUAUGCCUCUGGCAGUGUUGCAAGAAUUCCAACAUAAGAAAUUCAAUGCAGCCUAUUUCUAGCAAUCUAAAGAAGAAUCUAAAUUCUCGUUUCCAGAAUUACUAAUGGCACAGGCUACAAAAUUCUAAUUUUCAAGCUAUUAAAGGGGGCUGAAGAACCUGCCUGUUUUUAUGUUAUUUUAAAUAACCCAAACAUUCUAAUGCCUAUACAUGCAAUAGAAAUCAAUGCAUAAAAAUGUAAUUGUUACAAAAACACUACUCUAAAAUUCUUGAAUUAAUAGCCUAAGAAGAUACAGCAUUUUAGCAUGCAAUGUUAAGUUUACAAUCCUCUAACUGUAUAUAGUUUAGUAUUUACAUGUGUACUUUCAACUAUUUUUUGUGGUGCAACACAGUGCUAUGCUAUAGAAAGGACUGUCUCGAAGCAUGCACUACUGUGAUCUAGCCAUUUCCCAGCUGUUCUUAUACUGUCCUAUGACAGUACAACUAUAGCAUAUUAAAGUAGUGAGAGCUGAUAUAAGAAACAAAGGUGA